AAGGGUCCCCAGGCUCCCUCUCCCCCUUCUUCCAACGCCCGUACUCCUCUCCCUCCUCCUUCCACCACCAAAGCUCCUGUCAAAGUACGAGCACUUCCUCUCCUGUCACCCCUACCCGCCCACCUGAGAAAUUGUGACGGUUCUCCAAAGGGCUAGAAGGAUCUCAGGGCAAGCAUGAGCACGAGCGAGAUCACAAGCGCUGGUGUGUGCGAGAUACAGGAGGUGGAGGAGGAGCCGGGAGCCGCUGAGCCCCGGCAAGCGGUUCCGGCGAGCCCGGGGAAGGCCGUGGAUGGCGACGACGUGUACGUGGCAGUGGGGAAGAGUAGUUCAGGCAUGGAUGCACUCUCAUGGGCGUUGAAGUAUGUCGCCAAGCCUUCGAGCUUCGUCUAUCUUAUACACGUCUUCCCUGAGAUCCAUCAUAUUCCUACUCCAUUAGGAACAUUUCCAAAGCAUCAACUCGGUGAAGAGCAGGUGGAGAGCUACAUGAACCAAGAGAGGACCAAAAGACAAGAAAUGUUACAAAAGUAUCUAAACUUAUGCCAUAGUUCUAAGGUGGAGGUAGAUACGCUUCUCAUUGAGAGUGAUCAGACUGCAAAGGCUAUUGUUGAUCUUAUUCCAGUGCUCAACAUUACAAGGUUGAUCGUGGGUACCACGAAAUCUAAUUUAAGGGGGUUUUCAUUCAAAAUACGUUGGAAAUUCUGAUAAGAGGAGUCAUCCAAGGAGCCGACCAAAACUAAUCUCCUUGUCUCAAGGAUAAUGGAAUCCAAUGGAGGGAAGCAGUUUAGGUCGCAAUGCAUGGUGACCUUCAUUUUCUUCUUCAUGUCAAACACGUCGAUGAAAUCCAACAUCCAAAAGAAUUAAAACCCCAGUAUGGCCUAAACUUAAGAAAGGGCUAGUGCCAAACAUGGGUAUUUGUAUUAAAAGAAAGUUAUAGAAUUCUGCCAUAUAUUGUGAUCAUAAAUCUAAAUUGUUCCCCAGUCGAGAGAUGAUUUACUUUAUCGACAAAUCUUAUGAUUUGGUCGACUUCCAGCAUCUCCCUCACCUCUCCAGCUCCUUCUUCCUCCUAUUUCCAAAUAAGAAGCUGGUAUAAUCUGACAAGAUAUCCCCAAC